AGGAGUAGCAUUUAAAAUACAGCCGGCACUUGAGUUUUCUGCUUAUUAUUAGAAUCAACCCAAUGUUGGCAACGAAUAAUGCGUGUGAAAAAUCCAAACAAAAUUCGAAUUUUCUCGCCCCACAUGAACCCACCCUAGCCCCCCACACCAACCCUCUCAUGUAAUAUUUAUACCCACAGCACAGGCACAACUAAUGUCUACAGCAAAACCUCAAAUGGCUUUACCAAUUUUGAUCACUCUCUCCAUCCUGCUUUCACUCAUCACAAUCCCAGCAACCGGAGAGCAUCACAAUUUUGUGAAAUCUCUCGACCGCAAAUCUCUCCGGAUCGGCAGAGAGAAAAUAAGCCAUUUUCGGGUUUACUGGCACGACAUUUUGAGUGGUCCUUCUCCAACCUCAGUGAUGAUCGUGAAACCUUCCAGCAAUAUUUCAACUUCUGCAUUCGGGUUGAUACGGAUGAUCGAUAAUCCGCUCACAGAAGGACCGGACGUCAAGUCGAAGUUAUUGGGAAGAGCUCAGGGGUUUUACGGUUCGGCUGCACAAGAGAAUAUUAGUUUGUUGAUGAGUAUGAAUUUUGCAUUUUGCGAGGGCAAGUAUAAUGGAAGCACCAUCACUGUGAUGGGGAGGAAUGAGGUGUUUGAUAAGGUCAGGGAGAUGCCGGUGAUCGGAGGGAGCGGCCUUUUCCGGUUUGCCAGAGGCUAUGUUCGGGCUUCUACUCAUACGUUUGAUCUCAAAACUGGCGAUGCUGUUGUUAUGUACAACGUUUAUGUCAUGCAUUACUAAGGCCUUCAAUUUUAUUUAUGAUUUCUAGAUUUUCUUUUUUCGAAGAUACUAAAUAUGUUUGGUUUGGUUUGAUUUGUAAAGGGGGCAAUGAGGUAGCAUAUGGACUUGUUGAAUUAAGAUGAGAAAUUAUAUUACAUUGUUAUGCAUUUUGUGGCCGUUAAUGUUAUGAUGAGGAUGAUUAUUCAAA